GCACUGAUACGAUUUCCUGUGGAUUUGAAGCUGGCCAAAACUGUCUCUUUACAAAUUCCCCUACAAACAACUAUGACUGGAUCAUACGCUCGGGUAGCACGCCGUCUAGCGGGACGGGUCCAUCUGGAGCUAAGGUGGGAACACAAUAUAUGUACGCAGAGGUUUCCAGCCCCGUAGCACAAGGAGAUAAAUUUCAACUUGAAACGCCUUUAAUUUUAGCUAUCCCAAGAUGCAUGUCUUUCUGGUAUCACAUGAGUGGUGGUUCUGUUGGGACACUGAAUAUUUUACGAAAUGGAAACCAGGUCUGGACCAAAUCGGGAAGUCAGGGAGACCAGUGGAUUAAAGCUGAAGUUGAUAUUGCUGACACUGUCAAUUACAAGGUCACAUUUGAAGCUAUCCGUGGGAGUUCAUGGCAAGGUGACAUUGCCAUAGAUGACGUUGUAUUAUCGCCAACACCUUGUGGUCAACCAUCAACUCCACAACCAAGUACACAAGCACCAACUACUCAACAACCAACAACCCGCCAACCAACAACACAACAGCCAACAACGCAAGCGCCAACUACACGAGCGCCAACAACGCAGGCACCAACAACUCGCCAACCAACAACGCUACAGCCAUCAACACAACAACCAACAACUCGUCAAUCGACGUCACAACCAAUUACAACUAGGCCUACAACUACUCAGCCAAACCUCCACUGUACCUUUGAAGAUAAUACUUGCUUCUUGCAAGAUAUAAGUUCAGAUUCUUUUGACUGGACGAUUAAAUCAGGAGGUACACCAUCACGUGGAACAGGGCCAUUGUCUGCUUAUGAAGGAAAUAUGUAUUCUUACAUAGAAGCAACAGGAAAAGCCACAAAUGCAGAAGCCAAGCUUCAAAGUUCAGAUAUUGCAACAAGUAAGUUUUUU